AUGGCGAAUAAGUUUGGAUUAGGUUCUUUACCUUUAGAAACCAAAAAACCUAACACUACAGCGUGGAUAAAUAAAGCGAAACCUUACUUUGUGGAUCAAAUCGGAGACACUCUUCAAGGUGAUUUAGAUAUGAACAAUUUUAGCAUAACUAAUUUAAAGUCUCCAGAAAACGAUAAUGAUGCCAUUCACAAGAAAUAUUUAAUGGAACAAAUAAAUUCAAUUGAAGUAAAUAAAAACCAUUUAGAAGAUAAAAUAAGUAAUGUGAAAAGAUUCUUCAAACGUCAACUAAAUAAUAAAAAUGUUGUUAAUGAUACUAAACUACAACAAGAGGUAACAAGUUUAAAAAGUUUUAUUCAAAAAGAAUUGGUCAACGUAGCGAACAAAACUGAGUUACAAAAUUUAAUUUCAUUUAUAUCUAAAUUAGAGGAUAAGAUUGCAAAACAAAAAUUAGACAUUCAACAAUUGAUAGAUAACAUUCCAGAUGAAAAUGAAGAUACGUUUCAACAGGAAUUAAAUGCUCUGGAAACUAAACUUAACAGUGAAUUACAAAAAGAACUAACAAAUAUUAAAAAACAAAUACAAAACAUAGAUAUUGUUAUUCAACAACAAAUACAAAAUAUUGAUGAUAGCGAAAUCAAAACCUAUAUUCAUCAACAAAUACAAAAUAUUGAUGAUAGUGUUAUUCAACAACAGAUAACCACUAUUAAUAACCUAGUUUUAAAACAGGACAAAAAUAUAGUCGCAUUAGAAAAAAAGUUUCUCAAGAAAGAAUCAUAUUAUUUCAAUCUUCCAUUUGGAAAAGAGAGAGAUUACGAUGUUUCUAUUACUGAUAAUAUUGAUAGAUCAAAAGACUAUGAAUAUAAAAGAUAUAAGAGAAAACUUACAAUUGAAAUAACAUUUCCUAUACAGGUAAAAGUUGAAUCAAUAUUCUUCAGACAAAACUCACAUAUGAAAUUUAACGCUCGCAAAGUUCUUCAGUUUAUCAAUGGUACAAAAAAUGUAGAAACUAAAGAAUUAGAAAUUAACGAUGAAAACAACAAGCCUCGUCACUUAUAUGAAAUUAAAACAAGUGGAAAAUAUAUAGAUAGGUUUAGAAUGUUAAUCAUACCAGAUAAUAAAGAAGAUGAACUUUCAUUGGGUGAUUUUGAUAUGAUAUUGGAAACGGAAACUCCACCAUCAGUAAGUAUUAUUAGAAAUCCAGAACCAGAAAAAGAUGUAAUCACUUAUCAGUUUUUACGAGCAACAGACUUUGAAUACGUAAAACUAUAUUUUGUUACUGAUGAUAUAUUUACCUCAAUUGAUAUUCAUAAAAGUCAACAACAACAAAAUUUUUUAAUAAGAGAUGAUGUAUUUGUUAAAAUAUUUGUCUAUAUUGAAAAACCAAAAUUUUCAGUUCAUCUGAAUAAGAUUAAUGAUUCGAAAGAACAAAUAUCAUUAGUAACUGUAAAUGUUUUUAUUGAAGAUAGUAAACACAAAGUAUUUUUAUCAGAAGUUCACUUAAUUUAA